AUGAACAAACUGAUACCUCAUCAGUCCUCGAUGUCAGUUCUUCCUGGGUUAAUUUAGUCCUAUUUUUGUAUCAUCGGCAUUCGCGACAGUAACAAAAAUAUCUUGUGCCAUUGAAGUAAAUCAUAGAAAUUGUUCAGAUCGAUACCUCGUUAUAAUAAUCAUUUGUUUAACGUGAAGAAAAUCAUUUGGUUAGAAAUAUAGCCUUUGCAGAUGAUUAAUUAAUUAAAAGAACAACUGAUUAAAGAAUGUAAGAAACGCUGUAAAACCUAAAAAAAAUAAGGAAAAGUAAAACCUCAGAAAGUGCGAAAUGGUGGUGCAAAUAGUGAGAAAUAAUACAUCAAAGGCAAACACAAUUCGUGGAUCACCGGCUUCGGUGAUGAAUCGAAAAGAAACUAAACUCAAAGAUGUUUGCUCGAGUAAACGACAGAAUACUUGUGUUCGGACUGGCGAGUGUAAAUCUGACCAACAUCGUUAUUCGUUCAAUGAAAAAGAGCCAAUCAAAAGGAUCGGUAAAAGUAAACCAAAGAUGCAACUUAGUGGGAAGAAGAUCGCGAAGAAGAGACUGCUGCAUCCAAAAAUUUUGACGAAAGAAGAGUACGAGGAAUUUCAAAAGUAUAGCUCCAUGACGAAGGAGGAACGAGAAGCGGCGCUUAAAGCAGAGGAGGAAGAGAGGCAAAGACUUAUAAAAGAGAGCAUAGAGAGGAAAGAGGAGUUUCGUAGAUUAGAUAAAGAAAGGCCACGAGAAAAGUGUCCGCAAUUGAUCGAAAUAGAGGAGGAAGCUAGGAGAAGGGCGAAACAUGUGCUCGAAAGAGCAGAGAACAUGAAACUUGAACGAGAAGAGGAAAUUCAAAAGUGCAAUAGAAUCAUUUUAGAGACUAAAUGUCGAGCAAUCAGAGAUGCCCAGAUAGCAGAGAAGAGGCUGAUUGAACUCGAAUUGGAAGAAGAAGAGAAACGUCUCAAUGACAUGAUGGAGAACGAAAGAAGAUGGGCAAUCAAAGAAGAGAUUAAAAAGGAACAGGACGAAGCUGUAAAGAGGCAGACAUUUGCCAACAGUCUCAUGGAACAGAUAAAAGAAAACGAAGAGAACAGGAUAUUAGAGUUUGAAAGGAAGCAAGAGGAGAGUCGGUUAAUUAAUUUAAGCAAUAUCAAUUGGCAACAGGAAGAAAUUGCAAAAUUGCGAAACAAAGAAUCUGAAAAUGCACUAAUACGACAACAACUUGCUGAAGGAAACGAACAAUUGAAACAUUUUAAAGCUAUGGAAGAGCAGGAAAAUAAAAUCAUUGACCUUAGGAUACAAGAGUAUCAACGAUAUAAGGCAGAGAGGGAAGUGAAAUUGGCGGAAGAGCGAAAUUUGAAAAAAUUAGAAAAAGAAAAACUUAAAGCAACUAUUGCAACACAGACGUUGCAAGCAAGAGAUCUACAGGAACGAAUCGAUGACUUGAGCGCUGCACGAAUUCAAGAAGAAGUGGAACGACAAUGGAGACAAAAAGAAAAAGAAGAAGCUCUGAAAAGAGCGGAGGCUCAAAAGUUGCUUAUGGAAGAAAGGAAGAAACAAAUAAAUAACAAACGAAUAAUGGAGGCAAUUGAACUAGAACGAGAAAGGCGUGAAUUCGAAAAAAUUGUACGUGUCCAAAAGGAAGCUUUCUGUCGAGAAGAAAAAGAACUUGAAAAGAAACAGCGGCAAGCGAUAAUUCAUAGGAGCGAAAUAUUAAAACAGGUCAACGAGAAAGAGAGAGAACGUAUCGAAGCAAGGCAAAAGAUGUUUGAUGAAGGUUUAGCAAUUCGCACAGAAGCCGCUAUACGUAAGAAAAAGUUAUGUGAUGCAAUGGAAAGGAAAUGUGAGGAAAUGAAAAGAAAUAGAGUGCCUCAAAUAUACAUCAAUAAAGUGAAACGAAUGAUCAGUAAUAUAGAAUAA